AUGGCCUUUGUAGCCUCCCUGACUGACCUCCAAGCAGAGGCUAGCUGUCUUAUCUGCUUGGAUUACCUGAAGGACCCAAUAACCAUUGCAUGUGGUCACAAUUUCUGUCACCCUUGUAUCCAGCAGUGCUGGGAGGGUCUAGAAGACAUCUUUCCCUGCCCCAACUGCCUCCACCACUGCCUUGACAAGAACUACAGGAAGAAUUUGCAAUUCUGUCAUAUGCUUGAUACUGUUAAGCAACUUCUCACCACAAAAAGCAACAGCAUCCAAAGGAAAGAGAAACCUCUGUGUGAUAAGCACAAUCUUCAGCUGGACCUCUUCUGUGAAAAUGACCUGGAGCUGUUGUGUCCCCGGUGCAGGAUGUCCUCUCAACACCUGGAUCACCACUUGAUGCCCAUUGACCAAGCUGCAUCGAGUCACAGGAGGAGGCUCAAAGGCUACAUGAAGCCUCUGAGGGAGCAAGUUGAACUUGUUGAAAAUGAAUCAGAAACACAGAAAUUAAAGUUUAUUGAGCUGAUGAUGACAGUGGAAAAUAAGAAAAGUGAAUUGAAUUUUGACUUUGAACAAGUUAAUCAGUUUCUGAGUAAACAAUAUGAUGACAAAGUUGUGAACUUAGUGACGGAAGAGAGGGGCAUUAAGGAAAAACUAAUUGAAAACAAAACCUUACUUUCAGGCCACAUUUCUGCUAUAAAACAUCUGCUAUUUAAAAUUACAGAAAAGUGUGUGCAACCAGAUCUGGAGUUAUUGACAGAGGUUGACACCAUCUAUAGCAGGUACGAGAACUUAAAAACACCAGCAGUAUUUUCAUAUGAGUUUACAGAGGACAGAUGGGAUCUACCUAUAUUAUACUUUAACCUGAAAAGAAUGAUCAGCAUAUUUCAAGUUGAUUUGACAUUUGAUCCUGAAACAGCUCACACCAAUCUCAUCAUAUCAGAAGAUAGAAAACAUGUAAAAUAUGGAAAGAUACAAACAAACUUAUCUUUCAAUCCCAAAAGAUUCACUGGUUAUCCUGCUGUCCUGAGCUCUGAAGGAUUUGAUGCUGGAAGGCAUUUCUGGCAGGUUGAA